GCUUAGAGUUUCCGGGGAGGGGGUGCAGAGGAGGACCCGCGCGAGGCGAUUCUUACGGCAGAGGAGGCGGCAAUGGCCGUGGGGAUCCGGGGGCUGCGCCUCUGGCGGGCCGCCCCCAGUGGCGGGGCUGGCUGGAGGUCGAUCGCGACGUCGCCAGCCUCCCGCCUGUCCCCGACCGAACGGGCAGAAAGGCAGAACGAUCUCUUCAAUCAAGAGAAGAACAGGCAGCUGUCCUUCACUCCUCGCACCGAGAAGAUCGAAGUUAAACACGUUGGGAAAACCGACCCUGGCACGGUUUUUGUGAUGAAUAAAAACAUUUCCACUCCUUACAACUGUGCCAUGCAUUUAAGUGAGUGGUACUGCAGGAAGUCCAUUCUGGCUCUUGUGGACGGACAGCCUUGGGACAUGUAUAAACCUUUGACCAAAUCCUGUGAAAUUGAAUUUCUUACUUUCAAAGAUCGUGAUCCAGGAGAAGUGAAUAAGGCUUAUUGGCGUUCUUGUGCCAUGAUGAUGGGCUGUGUGAUAGAGAGGGCAUUCAAAGAUGAAUAUGUGGUCAGUUUGGUCCGAGCUCCAGAAGUUCCUGUAAUCUGUGGAGCCUUCUGCUAUGAUGUAGUUCUGGAUAAGAGACUUGAUGAGUGGAUGCCAACAAAAGAGAAUCUACGUUCCUUCACGAAAGAUGCUCACACUUUAAUUUAUAAAGAUCUUCCAUUUGAAGUUCUGGAAGUGGAAGCAAAAGUGGCAUUAGAAAUAUUUCAGCACAACAAGUACAAAAUGGAUUUCAUAGAAGAGAAGGCGUCUCAGAACCCUGAGAGAAUAGUUAAGCUACACAGGUUUGGUGACUUCAUUGAUGUGAGUGAGGGUCCUCUUAUCCCAAGAACAAGUAUUUGUUUCCAGUAUGAAGUGUCGGCAGUUCAUAAUCUUCAAGCCACCCCAUUGGGUCUUGUACGAAGAUUCCAGGGUCUGUCUUUACCCGUACACUUAAGAGCACAUUUUACGAUAUGGAAUAAGUUGUUGGAAAGAUCUCGGAAAAUGGUAAUUGAAGAUCAAACUAAACCUACAGAGGAAAGUGCAUCGACCUAAUAACUUCCUAAAAUUUAAAUAUGUAUAAUAAAAUAAAAAUUUUAUAUGAAA